UAUCACCCAAAGAUAAGAAGCUUAUUAAUUUUAAAAAUGGAAAGGGUCAUGUCACAGCAACUCAAAUUAGAGAAGCCCUUGGUCGCCAGACCUUCGGUAGAAGAAGAAAAGAUUCCUGAUGAUGAACCAGGGAUCGAAAAACAUAUCAACACAAUAUUAAUAUCAUCUUUGAACACUAACUCUCAUUUUUCGACCACUGAAGACAUUUGGGAAGUUCUCCAAGCAAGAAGAUCACUCACAAUAAAAAUAUUUCUGAGAAUCUUAUGCAGAAUUCUUAUUGAAAAGACACAGACAAGACAAAUCUUACUUCUCUGAUGAAACAUCCUUAACUACUUAAAGGAAAAAUAUGGCAAUGAAAAAGAAGUCAAAGAGAUUUAUACAAAAUCUAUUGACCUCUUGUGCGGUCUUAUUUCUGAUCCAAGAGAGUUAGUCCAGACAAACGUCUGAUAUGCUCUUGUAAAGAUCAUCCAGAGACACUCAGACUUCUAUUACUUUGUCCUUCGUGAAGAUAAUCCCAAAGAUCAGUCACAAAAAGUUCUUUUGCAUAAUUAUUCCUUAAUCUUUAUUCAGACUCUCACAGCGAUGAAGACAAAAGAAGUAACCAAUGAAAACUCAGAAAAUUGUCGGAUCCUAGUCCAAACCCUCAUCAAGAUUUACGAGUUCUAUAAAAAUGCUCUUGAAGGCCCAGACCGAGUUUUCAGACUACCAAAAACAACUGAGAAGCAUAACGCUAAUUUUAGAAUUUUUGUACUGCAUCUUGAAGGGCUGUUAUUAGCACAAGAAUCCAGGAGCAACUCAGACCCACAAAUCGAUCUUUGCGAAUUAUUCUACUCAGAGCUUCCAUUACAUAAGGCAACCUUCGCAUACUUUCAAAGAAGAAUUGAUAACCCCAAGAUCAGGAGGACCAUGUACCAGAAGUUAGCUGCCUCAAAAAUGGAAAUUACCGGAAUCUCAAAAGACCCUUCCCUCGGCCUCUGCUUUAGUAUUGACUUCAAGAAACCUCAGAGCUUACUAAAAUUUUCCCAAGUUUCGACCUCGGAAGAAGAGGAAAAGGUCCAACCAAUAAUGAUCAAAUACUCUCAAGAAGAAGAUGAGUGUGAAAUUAUUGAUGCUCCUAGCAACAAUACAGAGUUAUGCUUGAUGAAUAUAGAAUUCUUCCAUGCUUGCUUACUAGAAUCCGAAAAAUCAUGAAUCAAUUACUGAAUACAAUUCAUUUCCCAUGUGACGGAUUCCUAUCCUGACUUAAUACCUACAGUGCUGGACAAAGUGAUCAUUCAGGAAAAGUAUUCACCUGUCCAAACUCUUUAUUUCCUCCGGGAUCUUCUUCUGUAUGACUUCAUAACUUUGCACAGCUGAAAACCUUCGAAAGACGAUGGACAUAGAAUAGAAGACGCUGGAAAACUCUAUGAUUACUUUAACAUCAUGUGAGAAAUGCUUCAUGUCAAACCUGAAUCCUUAAGCAACUCCCCGGUCGUGACGAUGAAAAUCUUGAUCCUCACUCAAGGUAUUCAUGAGUAUAUCGAAGAAAAAUAUGAACUCAAAGAACUUACAGGCAUUAAAGAAGAGCAAGAUGAGUCAUAUAUCCACCAAAUGUUCCUAUCCUUUAUAUUCAACAAAUUCACAAAAGGAAACUCUGACCUUCAACAGAUGAGAGUCCUUUCUCUAAAAGAUCUUAACAAUCUCAUUGAAAAAAUCAUCUUGAACAGUAGGUACCUGUACAAAUGGGAUAAGGAUUGAAAUCAAAACAAGCACAGGAGAGUCUUCAGAGCAUUUCCAAGGCUAAUCAAGCAGCCUCCAGCCUCAGAAAUCAUCUACCUAUAUCAUGAAAUGUAUGACUUAAUCAAUCAUCCAAUAUUGCCAGACUCUCCCGUUUCACUGUGUGAGGACCUUAUAAAAGCAUGGCUCAAGCUGAAAAGUUGCCUAGACUAUCAACACACCUCUUUUGAACUAUGAAAAACGAACUUCUUUAACUACUUCUGGGAUCAAGAAGUAAUAAGUGAGAAACAAGCUAAUAUCUCCAAAUCUUCCAAAUUUUACACAAAAUUCAAAGAAAUUAAGAAUAAGGCUCAAAUUAAGCUUCACGAAGCCAACAAGAUUACUCAAGAGCUACAAAUCUGCCUGAAUGAAUUGAAGAAAAAGCUAACUCACCCUUCGACCGACAAAUCAAAGAGAUCUAAACUUAAAGUAAAAAUUGAUGAAAUCAAGAAGAAAAUCACAACUGAACAAAAGAACAUCAUGACCACAAAGGAGUUUGAAAAGGCAGAAGACACUAUUAAAAUCGACAUCAUCCACUGGGGUCAUUUCUUAGCCCUACUUAAUGCUCUCCUCAAAAUUGCAGGCAAAGACUUUCUUGAAGCUUCUAACUCAAAUUUGAAGAUGAUGGAUAAAAUCUUAAAAGAGUACAUAAUCCCCUUGAUGAAUCAUGAAUUCUCACAUGAGAUCCAACUGAUGGCACUUGAUUGCUACCUAAGCUUGAUGAAUGCUAACCGAUCUAUCUGAGUCAAGAACUUGUCAUUCAUUUACAAAUCGAUAGCCAACCUACCUAAAGCUGAUAUCGGAGAUAAGCACCUACUUAAGCUAUUGAAAUCUCCUGAUGAAACAGACGAAGAUGUGGCAAUAAUCCUGAGAGAAGGACUCAAAAGUAUCAAUGCCUGAUUUGAUUUUGGUUUGAAUCAUGACUUGUUCUUUAAAUUCCCUAACGAAAAUACAUCUAGAAGAAGAACCCGAAACAAGAGAGCUAUGAACAAUAAAGCCUCUGAGAAAUAAAAGCAUACUUAACCUUAAGGAGAUUUUGUUACAACAGCUCACAAAUGGACACGAGUUUUAUAAAAGAGUUAUCCUUGAAGGAUUCACAAGACUUUUCACAGUUUCUCAAGUUGAACAGUCCGAUUUUGUUCUCGAGGUCAUCCUAAGAUCUUACUCAGGAUCAGGAUUUACCAAUAUCUUAAUGGUCGACUUCUUCAACCAAUACGCAAGAACAUCAGUGACAUGUAAAAACCAGCUCUUCAAAAUACUCUGACUGACACUAACCUUUCUGAGCCAGUGUAAGGAUCAUGGGUUUGAGCACCCUGAGCUAGGAGAUGGAUUGACGAUUACCAGGGAGAUCUUAGGUGCUUUUAUCUCCAACGCACCCAAAGAUCAUAAGUCCGGUUUUUCAUUCAUGGAACCACUUCCCAGUUAUGAACAAGCAUUGGUUGAAUACAUAGCUUUACUACUGAUAGAUUAUCCAAAGACGACACCUUCCAUAUUUAGGAUAAUCCCAGACAUCUUGAGUUUUAUCACUUUCAGAGAGGUAAAAAGCCUCCCAAAUGACAAGAAGAGAGAGACCAAAAACAAAUAUCACAGCCUCUGCAGGAUAUUCCAAUCUGAACUCUCUGAAUAUAUCCAAAAAGAUGACCAAUACAAGGCUAAAUUGGAGGAUUUCUUCACCAAAUGUGGCGACUUUUUCAAGCAUAAAGUUCACGACCCAGACCUAGAUAUCCUUAAUGAAGAUAAGCAAUACAUUAGAGAUAAUCAUUCUGUUGAAGUAGCUGCUUAUCUUCAUGAAGCUAAAGACUUUUUCAAUUCGCAUCAAAAGAUUUUACAAGAAGCUCCUCAAAGCUUUACUGAAGGAAGAGAAGAGCAAAAAGCUGAGCCUAUCGACGACUCUAGCGAAGUCGAGAUUAUUGAGACUACUCCCGCCCCAAAGGUAACCACAAGGAAUUCCAGAAAAAGGUCAGCCAAGGCUGCUUCAGCCAUGACUCCUCCGACUGCUACCAGAGUCAACACAAGAUCUCGUUCAAAGCGAGUUAAGCAUACUUAA